UGUCUUUUAUGUUUUAUAUACAUUGGUUGGAAACUCUUAGCAUGUAAAUAUGCGUUGCUGAAGAUGACUUUUCUGUAGAUACUAGACUAUGAAGUGCCCAUUUAAUUGUUCUUGCUGUUUUUGAAUGAGUUAAAGGAAAACUCCGGGCUCAACAACAAUUUAACUCAACCGGGAGUCUUUCUUUCCCUGUUAACUCGUCCCAGCCAUCAGCAGUUACCUGAACAGACAAAGAAGUUUGUCAGUUCUACAUUUCUGCCUUCCCUAGCGUAGGGCAGGAAAGCCCAUCCCCCAAUCAUUGGCAUCGCAUGCUUUCAGGUGGAGUUGGUCUGCACCUUCCUGACGUACCUUCGACACAGUCAAAUCAGUAGUUCCCCUCUCAUGCUGAUCCUCCCACACUGUGACAUCACCAUUACGUAGCCCGAUUAACUUAUCAGCUGCUAUAAACUACUCAAAAAGUUGUUACGGAACUUAAUUCCAUCCACUGUUUCCAUCCGGAGUGAAAACAGCAUUGUAUCCAGUAAUUUCUCCAGCAAAACAGCGGUGAACAUACAUACUUUUCCAUAUUUGUUUUGGUAAGUUGAUUUAACUAUCUGGACCGGAUGCAACUAUCUGGCCACAAUUCUGCCGCUAAAGUUUAAAGCCGCUUUUUUUUCCCUUUUGUUCUCCUCCUCUAUCUUAGCAUUGUGCAAAUGUUGUGUCUUUCGGCUUUUUGUGCAAAUGUAUUAUUAGUUAUUGUCAGGGUUUGGUAUGCAAUGCCUCCUUAGUAAAAUUGCUGUACGAUAUCAGUGUCCAACUACCCUGCUACAGUACAUGCAUGUAUGUGUAAGAGUGCUUGUGUCUGCAUGCGUGCGAGAAUGCGUGGAUGAAAGCAGUAUGUAAAUGUAGAAAAGUUUGUGUCCGUGAAAGCAGAAUGUGUGUGUUUUAAAUCCAGAAAUUAGUGCGUGCGUGAUAGCAGUAUGUAUCUCUGUGUGAAUGCAGAAAACACUGUUUUAUGCUUGUGUGUGAGCAUGAGAGAAUGAAUUGGUGUGUAAGCAAGCAGAAUGUCUGAGUGUCUGUGUGUAUAAGAGACGUGUGUGUGUGUGUGUGUGUGUGUGUGUGUGUGUGUGUGUGUGUGUGUGUGUGUGUGUGUGUGUGUGUGUGUGUUGUCAUGCAUCUGGCCAUCUAAGGUGCCAGCUAAAGGAACAUCCACUUUACUUUUCUUCCCUGGAUGUAGGUUUAAUUGUAAUAAGCCGAUCGCUUACAAUGUAUGGAUUGGCUUAUUACUGUGUGAAGUCCAUUUUUUUUUUUUUUUUUUGGCGGGGUUUGCUUUUUCAGAUGGGUCAGGCAAAGCAGGGGGUGUAGAUCACAAUGUAAUAAGCCGAUCGCUUACAAUGUAUCGAUCGGCUUAUUACUGUGAAGUCCGUUUUUUUCUUUUUUUUUUUUUUUUUAAAUUUAUUUGAUUCUACAGAGGGGUUGUGGUGCUGCCCUAAAAGACAGAGCAGGGGAUGUAGAGCACACUGUAAUAAGCCGAUCGCUUACAUGCCUGUAUCGAUCGGCUUAUUACUGUGAAGUCCGUUUUUUUUUUAAUUUAUUUCUUUUUUCUUGGAUUCUACAGAGGGGUUGUGGUUCUGCCUUAAAAGACAGAGCAGGGGGGUGUAGAUCACAGUGUAAUAAGCCGAUCGCUUACAAUGUAUCGAUCGGCUUAUUAAUGUGAGGCCCGUUUUUUUUUAUUUAUUUAUUUUAUUCUACAGAGUGGUUGUGGUUCUGCCUAAAAGAUAGAGCAGGGGGUGUAGAGCACACUGUAAUAAGCUGAUCGCUUACACGCCUGUAUCGAUCGGCUUGUUGAUGGGAAUGGAGUCUCCAGGUGAAGGUUCGGCAUUUGGUUAGUAGCAAGAUCUGUGCAGCUGGGUGAAAUCCUGGCUUUAGGUUCUCGAUGGAAACGUCCCAGGGACAUCUGGUGGAUCACGCGCGGGCAAUGUUUGAUGUAAUUUUGCGAGCUCCUUGUAUUUUCUUUAUUGAUGCCAUUUUUAAUUCCUCUCAUGAUCCAGAGGCAGGAUGGGUUGAUACAGCAGUUCAGACUGUACUCAAAUUAUUAGGGUUACUUGUCCUCAGUGUCAUCCUAGUUUUAUCUCAGAGAGCACUUUUCCAAUUUUAUUUGUUAUUCUGUGCUGUUCUCCUAGCUUCGGCAUCAGUGUUGGUGAAUUACUGUUCAACUGUGCAGAUUGACUUCUAUAGCAUUCAUUACUUCACAGCCUUUGGAGAUGCACUUCCGAUUAGAAAUGGACUUUCUUUGUGGCUAGCACUUGCUUUCCUUCAACUCUUAUUUGGAAUUGGAUAUGUAACAUUGGUCCACAUUCAGUCUACAUUUGCAGGGAUAAUAAUACUUGACUUCUUGUUUCCUGUAGUAAGCUCAGUCUUUGAAUUACCUGUGGACACUCGUCUUUUUGUAGCCAUCAUGUCUGGUAUGAUUGUGACUUUGCAUGCAACCGUCUGUUUGACUUUCAAACUGAAAUGGUUUUACUAUUCAGCAAGGUACAUGUAUCUUCUAGUAAUGCACAUGUAUAGAUUGUAUGGACUACAGAUCCUUUUAGAAGAAACAUGGAAGAGAAUUUGUUUUCCUGAUGUUAUGAGAGUCUUCUGGCUUACUAGGCUAAUGGUACAAGCAGGUGUCUUAAUUUUUGUAGCUAAGGUAGCAAAAGAGGAAGAUAUCCAUAACUACACUGUUUCAUGGGAUGAUUUCUGGAAAGUACUUUACAGUCUUAUAAUCAGUGUCUGUGAUUCAACGUUGACUGUUUUAGGCAUGAGUGCUGUGAUUUCCUCAGUAGCACAUUAUUUGGGGCUAGGAAUUUUGGCUUUCAUAGGAUCCACUGAAGAUGAAGACAAGCGCCUGGGUUUUGUUGCACCUGUUUUGUUUUUUAUUUUGGCUCUACAGACCGGACUAAGUGGAUUAAUACCAGAAGAACGAUUGGUUCAUCUCAGUCGCAACAUGUGCCUUCUGUUUACUGCCAUUUUGCAUUUUAUCCAUGGUAUGACUGAUCCUGUGUUGAUGUCUCUUAGUGCCUCUCAUGUGUCAUCUUUCCAUCAGCAUUUUCCAGUUCUUAUAGUCUCAGUUUGCCUUUUUGUUUUUCCAAUCCUCCUCAGCUAUGUGCUUUGGCAUCACUAUGAGUUAAACACAUGGUUGUUUGUAGUCACUGCAUUCUGUAUAGAACUCUCGCACCACCAGACCACUAAGAUCCAGCAACAAAAAUCACUUGCAGAUCACUAAAGCCAGUAACUCUG